AUGUCAAAUAUAUCCGAAUCUAAGCCCAAGAUUGGACUAUUGUCCAUUGGUGACAUGGGCGUCGGCAUUGCAAAGCUGCUGAUUGCCCAUGGUUUCGUUGUCGUAACAAACAUCUCUGGCCGAAGCCAAGACACGAUCGAACGAGCUCGUGAUGCCCAAGUUGAACUCCUCGAGUCUGAUACUGAGCUGGCACAGCAAAGCUCAGUUAUACUCUCAGUUGUUCCACCCAAGGACGCUGAAGCAACAGCCGCUCGUAUUGUCAAGGCAGUAAAAGACUCAGGAAGCGAAAAAGAAUUUUACUUGGUUGAUCUCAAUGCAGUUGCGCCUUCAACAAUCAAAUCUAUUGCAGCGUCUGUCAAAAAGGAAGAUGUACCUAUACGAUUUGUCGAUGGAAGCAUACUAGGACAGCCUCCGAAACCGACAGCAUCACCCGAUGCUGAAGCAAAGUCAUCUAGUAGCAGCGACUUUUCAAACUGGUAUCGUCCUAGUAUCCCCAUAUCGGGGCCAGAUUUGUUGACUGCAUUGCCUUAUGGCGAGAAACUCAUUUCUGUGCUUAACAUGAAGUACAUCUCCCCCGAUAUCGGCGCAGCAAGCGGUCUCAAGAUGUGUUUUGCUUCCUUGACCAAAGGGUUCACUGCCAUUGCGACGCAGUCUUUCACAACGGCCCAUCAACUUGGAGUUUUUGAUGCUCUCAAGGAGGCACUUGGCACGCUCUACCCAUCUAUCCUCACCAACGCUGAAAAGGGCGUACCUAGUAUGCCACCCAAAGCAUAUCGCUGGGUUCGAGAGAUGGAAGAAAUCGCUCUCACUUUUAACGAAGAAGCGGGUUGGGACAAGGGGAUGUUCGAGGGGGCUGCAAGUAUUUACAAAGUCAUUGCGGAAGAUGAUGUACUUGGACAGGAAAAGGUUGGUAAGAGAAAGCGUGGAACCACUUUGGACGAUGUGGCUGCAGCGGCAGCAGAGGGUCUGCAGAAGAAGAGAAAGCCACAGUAG